AUGUCUCAGGAUAUUUUGGAGAUUUCUAGCUUUGCAAGCUGCGACCAGAAGGCGUACGGAUUUGGUGUGGCUUCACAGCAUUGGCAGCUCAAGGAUAUGCUGAGAGUCAGUGGGAGGUCCUUGGUUUUUCCAAAAGAAUGCAAUGUGAUGUCUUAUGAUCUUUCCACAUGCAUAACUAGCACAAUAUAUGCAGGCAUGGAUUUCUUGCCUACUGCGAUUUGUGUGAAAAAUAGCAUGCUGGCCGUUGGAGGAGCAAAGGGGCAAUUGAGCAUAAAGAACCUUGCCACUGAUGAGACGACCUCGCGAGUAAUAAGCACAUCAAUAAAUAACAACAUAUGCAUUCACGACGACAAGCUUUUUGUUUGCAACAACGACAGGACAUUGAGGAUUCUCACGAUGGAUCUCAAGAACGAGCAAAAUAUAAUGCAUGUUGCACAAGUAAACAGCUGUGCAGUCAGUCCCGACAACAAGCUUCUGGCUGUUGCUGGCGAUUCCAAUGAUGUGUUUGUGUAUUCGCUAGAAAGCGAGGGAUGCAGGCUAAUAAUGAAGCUGAAGAGUGCAAACGACGGGGGCUUCAGUGCUGCAUGGAAUAGUUCAUCUUCUGCAUUUGCUGUUGGAACACAGGAUGGAUAUGUAUGUGUAUGGGACAUACGAGGCAGUGGUGUUCUUCACAGGCUUGAAAGCAAGCAGAGGGAUGGCCACCGAGGUGCAGUAAGGAAUGUGAAAUUUUCGAUGAAAGGCUCACUUGAUCUUCUUUUUUUUACUGAGCAGCUUUCGUAUGCCACGAUAUGCGAUACAAGAGACAUGCGAAGGAUUCAACGGAUUAAGAUAUUCCCAGACAGGCAAAUAACAGGAGCAACGUUUUCUGAAAACAGUGAGAAGAUAUUUGUAAGUACGGAUGACCAGGUGAAGUGUUUAAAUAUCAAUACGAAGCCGAGGCGGAUGUUUGCAGAUGCAUGA